AUGCCUAGACAAAGAAGAUCUGCUCCAGCUCCAAGACAACAAACUAGAUCUGCUCACACUGCAGCUGCUCCAUCUGCUUAUCCACAACAACACAGUUACCCACCACAAGCUGCUCAUCCAGCUCAACCAGUUCAAACACAAUCUAGUCAACCAGGUUUAUUUUCACAAAUGGCAUCUACUGCUGCUGGUGUUGCCGUUGGUUCCACUAUUGGUCACACUUUAGGUGCUGGUAUUACUGGUAUGUUUGGUGGUUCUUCAUCUUCUGCUCCAGCUGAAGCUGCUCCACAACAACAACAAGUCGCUGCUUAUCAACAACAACAAACUCAAGAACAAUCUAAACAUUGUGAUGCCGAUGCCAGAAGCUUUACCAGAUGUUUGGAAGAUAACAAUGGUAAUAUGCAAAUCUGUGAUUACUACUUGCAACAAUUGAAAGCUUGUCAAGAAGCCUCUAGACAAUACUAG